UUAUUUUAAUUUAUUGGAAUCUUCAUUCUUAAAAUCCAAAUACACUCUUUCUUUAAGCGGUAGGCACCAACUUUUGAUACCCCCACCAAAAAUAUAAGCCUCCACAUUCCUACAUUCUCCUUCAAGCUUUCAAUCUUUCUGUAAGAAUCAAAAACUUUGCAGCCAUUAACACUUGUUGGAUGAAGCUAUAGCAGCUCUGAAUUCUUGAUUGCUUGUUUGUUUCAAUCAUUUUGAUCAGAAAAUGGGAGAAAUCUCAGGCUUUCAAUUGGGUGUCAUUGGAGCACUAUUCUUAUCAGUGGCAUCUUCUGUCUCCAUUGUCAUCUGCAACAAGGCACUCAUGAGUAACCUCGGCUUCCCUUUCGCAACUACUCUGACUAGUUGGCAUCUGAUGGUCACGUAUUGCACUCUUCAUGUGGCUCAUCGCUUAAACUUGUUUGAAUCCAAACCAAUUGACACAAAGACGGUUGUGCUUUUUGGGAUGCUCAAUGGCAUCUCCAUUGGAUUUCUUAACUUGAGCUUGGGAUUCAAUUCUGUUGGAUUCUACCAGAUGACAAAACUUGCAAUUAUUCCAUUCACUGUUAUGUUAGAGACUAUUUUCCUUAAAAAACAAUUCAGUUCCAAGAUUAGGCUCUCUCUCUUCCUCUUGCUAGUUGGAGUUGGUAUUGCUUCUAUCACUGAUCUUCAGCUCAAUUUUUUGGGAACUGUUCUUUCUCUCUUGGCUAUCAUAACAACCUGUGUUGGCCAAAUUCUAACAAACACUAUUCAGAAAAGGCUGAGUGUAUCUUCAACGCAGCUACUGUAUCAGUCUGCUCCAUUUCAAGCAGCCAUUCUGUUUGUGUCUGGCCCUUUCUUAGACCAAUGUCUAACCAAGAAAAAUGUGUUUGCUUACAAGUAUUCUCCUGUGGUUUUGGCUUUUAUCAUCCUUUCAUGUCUGAUAUCUGUAUCAGUCAACUUUAGCACAUUUUUGGUGAUUGGAAAGACAUCACCGGUGACAUACCAGGUGCUCGGCCACCUCAAGACAUGCCUUGUUCUUGGCUUUGGCUAUACUCUUCUCCAUGAUCCUUUCACUGAGAGAAACCUCAUUGGAAUCCUAAUAGCCAUUGGUGGGAUGGGUUUGUAUUCAUAUUUUUGUACCCAAGAGACUAAAAAGAAGCAGGGUGACCUCUCUUUAGGAUCUCAGAUAAAAGACAAGGAAACAGCAGCUCUUCUAGCAGGAGUUCUUCAAGAUAAAGAAAAUCAUGAAGUGAAGAAAUCAAACAAGGAUUCUCUGGUUUAAUUAACUAAAUGAGAUAUGGAAGGAGAAGAUAUAUAGAUUUUCAGGAAAAUGUUUUUGUAUUUUUCUUUCCUUUUUCUCAUAGAAGGUGGUACUUCUUAAAUUCUUUGAAUAAACACCCCAUUUUGGUACUA